CCGAAGUCUAUACUAGGGUUUAGCACAGAACUUGAGCAAAUUUUCGCAGCAAUGUCGAAAGUAGCUCUACUUUUGGUCUUAGCCCUCGGCUUAAUAGCUGUUCAAGCCCAGGAUCCAACCCAAGCUCAAGCAGCUUGUCGCAGGAUUUCGAAUAGAUGCACAAAUGCCCAUCAAAACCAACAAAACGAUGUCUCCGGCGCUUUUAAUCGAGCCUGCAGAUUGGUGGAACGAAACUGGCGAUCUGUCAGUCGUUGCGAACUGACCAGGGCUACAUGCGUUUUGACCUGGGAGAGUUGCCAAACCAUCUCUUGUGCCAAUGUGCGACGAGUUCUUGGCGGAGGAGGAUCAAAUCCAAGUCCUCGAACAACAACUCGUCGAACUCCCACACCAAGAACCACAACUCGCCGGAAUCCCACGCCUAGAACAACUCGUAGGGGUCCCACGCCUAGAACAACUCGUAGGGGUCCCACGCCUAGAACAACUCGUCGAGGUCCCACACCGAGAACAACUCGUCGAAACCCCUCACCAAGAACCACACGAACUCCCGACCCAGCAGGUCGACGAACUACCACAACUAGGACCACAACUCGUCGAUCUCCGAAUCCUCCCAGGCCACCGAGGCCUCCAAGGCCUCCAAGGCCCCCUAGGGGUGGUGCUGCCGUACCGACUCCCGAUCCAGAUGAGUAA